UUAAUGGUUUCGGGCAUUACCCUCGACGGCACCGACACGCGGUGAGGUUUAUUCCACGUGUGGGUGUCGCACGCAGCCGGCCACCUAGACGACCGGUGGAGAAGGUGGGCGCCGCCCCUAAAUGGCGGGUCUGCUUCAUUUCGGUUUUGCUCCACGUCGUUGGCGAAGAGAAACUUCUUCCGCCUUCUCCGGCGUGGGUUUCUCCGACUAUAUUCUGAUAAUUUUCUCACCGAUUUGUUGAAUCCUCGGCCUCGGCCGCUAGUUUCGAGGCGUCCAGUGGCUCGCUGUUUCAGUGGUGCUGAAGAAAUUAGGGUUCAUAGCCCUAAGAAGCUGUAGCGGCCACCGGGCGGCGUCGAGAAUCACAAGCAGAUGGAGAAGGGGAGCGGCAAACCCCACCGACCGCGGGUGUGCUUCCUCGCCGGUCUCUGCGUCUUCUUCUGGGUUUUCAUCUUCUACUUCCACUUCAAUGUGCUCAGCAGCCGGAGGACGUCCAAUCCGCCCCAGCAAUCCCUUUCCAUCUUCUCGAUUUCGAUCAAUCCCCGAGAGCGACAAGGUGUUUCGAAAGACAGUCAGCUACUCGCGCCGCAUUCAUCUCGAUCGGAACCUCCUCCGCCGCCGCAUGAAUCCGAGCCGUCAAGCGGCGCUGCUUCAGCGCCACCAAGCAAGAGCGACCCCUGCGGCGGGCGGUACGUCUACGUCCACGACCUCCCUCCGCGGUUCAACGACGACAUGGUCAGGGACUGCAGGAAGCUGAGCCUUUGGAUGGACAUGUGCAAGUUCACCACCAACGCCGGCCUCGGGCCGCCGCUGGAGAACUCCGAGGGCGUCUUCUCCGACACCGGAUGGUACGCGACCAGCCAGUUCGCCGUGGACGUCAUCUUCAACAACCGGAUGAAGCAGUACGAGUGCCUGACCAACGACUCAUCCCUCGCGGCCGCCAUAUUCGUUCCGUUCUACGCCGGCUUCGACAUCUCGCGCUAUCUCUGGGGGCACAACACCUCGGCGAGGGAUGCCUCGUCGCUGGAUUUGGUCGAGUGGCUGAUGAAACGGCCGGAGUGGAGCGUGAUGGGCGGUCGAGAUCAUUUCUUGGUGGCAGGGAGGAUCACCUGGGACUUCCGGAGGCAGACGGAUUCCGACUCCGAUUGGGGAAGUAAGCUCCUGCUCUUGCCGGCGGCCAAGAACAUGUCUAUGCUGGUGGUGGAGUCCAGCCCCUGGAACGCCAACGAUUUCGCUAUCCCUUAUCCCACAUAUUUCCACCCUGCAAAUGAUGCCGAUGUGUUUGCUUGGCAGGACCGAAUGAGGAAGCUGGAGAGGAAGCAUCUAUUCUCUUUCGCCGGAGCUCCUCGCCCCGGCAGCCCCAAUUCAAUCAGAGGGCAGAUCAUAGAGCAAUGUAGGUCUUCCAAAGCUUGCAAAUUGCUAGAGUGCGGCUUAGGGGAGAGCAAGUGCCGUUCCCCCAGCAGCAUAAUGCAGAUGUUCCAGACCUCUCUGUUCUGCUUGCAACCGCAGGGCGAUUCGUAUACAAGGAGAUCGGCUUUCGAUUCGAUCGUGGCGGGUUGCAUACCGGUUUUCUUUCAUCCCGGAUCGGCAUAUGUCCAAUACACUUGGCAUCUCCCGCGAAACUUCUCGGCCUACUCCGUGUUCAUUCCUGAGGAUGAUAUUAGAAAGAGGAAUGCUAGUAUUGAAGAAAGGCUAAAGCAAGUUCAUCCUGAUGAUGUGAAGGCAAUGAGGGAGCAGGUCAUAAGCCUCAUACCCAGAGUUGUCUACGCAGAUCCUCAGUCUAAACUGAAGACAUUGAAGGAUGCAUUCGAUGUGGCAGUGCAGGCGAUGAUCGACAAAGUAAUGAAGUUAAAGAGGGAUGUAACGGACCGAAGAGAAGAUAAAGAUUUUGUGGAGAAGAACAGCUGGAAGUAUGCUUUGUUGGAAGGAGAACAGAGGGCAGUUGGGGAACAUGAAUGGGAUCCUUUCUUCUCUGAGCCCAAAGAUGGGAAUGCCGAUUCCGGUAGUUCAUCUGCUGAAGCUGCUAAGAAUUCUUGGAAGAUUGAACAAAGGAAUCAAACUUGAUCUACACGGUACACUUAGUUUGAGGCCUCUCUUAUAACUCCUGUUUCGCAUAUUUUACGAAGACAUAAUAAGGAUGAUGGGUUAGUACAAACUGCAAAUUCUCUUCGCCUACUUGUGUAUUUACAACUAAGUGUGAUUUAUAAGCUAAGGAGGUUGAAGGAAGCACUUCAGGUGGCUCGAAAGGGGGUAAAAUCAGAUAGGUGGUGCUAAUUCUAGGGUUGAAGUAAACUUGAGUUGAGAUAGCUUCGAUGUGUUAUAAACAAGUCAUCCUUUGUUCAUCUGCACAGAAUAUAUGCACUAAAUUCUUUUACCUUUUUAAUGAUAUUUUUAUUGUUUAACCA